AUGUCCGCAUUUUUAAUUACGAAUAACCACAAACCAAUGAUGGGCUUUGUUUCAGGCACAUACACCAUUAUUUCCCUUAUUGGAGCACAGUUUCUAUCUAUGUUCACCGAUUGGCUGUCGAAUAUUCAAUGGUGGACAUUAUCUGCAGUUUUAUCAGGUAUUUCAUUGGUUUGCAUAUAUAUAUUCUAUAAUAACAAGCAUAUAGUUUUCUGUUUGACGUCAUUAGAAUCAUUUUUCUCUUCAAUUUUACUUGCAAUCAGAAUGGAAAUCAUCAAAUUCUAUUUUCCACGAUCAAUCAGAGGAUAUUUAGUCACAAUGUGCAGAACACCUACAUUGCUACUAUCUUACAUCUCAUUAAAGAUAUUAGUUACAGAUCGGAUCCAAAUUUUCGCACUUAUUUCAGGAAUUUUGAUGAUUAUUAGUUCCAUAAUUGGUCUUCCAUUCUUAAUGAUUCAUAACAAUGCAGAAGUUCUGGAUUCUAAAACUAAAGAAUCUAAUGAAGACAACUCUAUUCAAGUUGAAGAAGAUCUUGAAGAAGGUUACAAUCUUUCAGAAGAAAGUACUAUUUCAUCAUAA